CUACUGGUGUUCUGCAUGAACCUUCAUUAGUCAAUUUGGAAAUGGACUUGCUUUCUGGAACCUACCUCUUGGCAGUCUUAUUAGCCUGUAUUGUAUUUCAAUCUGGAGCACAGGAGAAGAACUACACAGUGCGGGAAGAACUGCCUGAAAAUGUCCUCAUUGGCAAUUUGCUCAAGGAUCUUAAUCUAACACUGAAUCCAGAUGUCCCCCUUUCCUCGCCACUACAGUUCAAGCUUGUGUAUAAGACUGGGGAUGUACCACUAGUACGAGUGGAAGAGAACACUGGUGAGAUAUUUACAACUGCAAACCGCAUAGACCGAGAGAAGCUGUGCUCUGGCAUCUUUAGUGAGAAUCGCUGCUUUUAUGAGGUGGAGGUUGCUGUUUUGCCUGAUGAAGUCUUCAGACUGGUCAAGAUCAGAUUCCUAAUAGAGGAUAUAAAUGACAAUGCCCCCCUCUUCCCAUCUACAGUUAUUAACAUCUCUAUCCCUGAAAACACAGCGAUUAAUUCCCGAUAUUCUGUUCCAUCUGCCAUUGAUCCAGACAUUGGUGUGAAUGGUAUUCAGCAUUAUGAACUACUUAAGCCCAAAACAGCUCCGAAAAGGACAUUUGGAUCAAUUACAAAUGAUCAGGGUCAGAAUGUAUUUGGUCUUGAUAUAAUUGAGACACCUGAGGGAGAUAAGUGGCCUCAACUGAUUGUCCAGCAGAUCCUGGAUAGAGAGCAGAAGGAUACCUAUGUGAUGAAAAUUAAAGUUGAAGAUGGUGGAAGUCCUCCAAGAUCUAGCACUGCAAUCCUGCAAGUCACAGUGACUGAUGUGAAUGAUAAUCGUCCAGUCUUUAAAGAGAAUGACAUUGAAGUUAGUAUUCCAGAAAAUGCUCCAGUUGGCACCUCUGUUUCUCAGCUCCAUGCCACUGAUGCAGACCUGGGCUCAAAUGCACAAAUCCACUUCUAUUUCAGCAAUCAGAUCUCCAGCUUGGCCAAAAAGCUGUUUGCCAUUGAUAAUGCCACUGGUCUCAUCACCAUAAGAGAGCCACUAGACAGGGAAGAAUCUCCAGUACACAAACUAACUGUUUUGGCAAGUGAUGGCAGUUCGACUCCAUCAAGAGCAACGGUGACUGUUAAUGUCACAGAUAUUAAUGACAAUGUCCCAUCAAUUGACACAAGGUACAUCAUCAAUCCAGUGAAUGGGACAGUGCUCUUGUCUGAGAAAGCUCCACUUAAUACAAAAAUUGCAUUGAUAACAGUAAUGGACAAGGACGCUGAUCUGAAUGGAAAAGUUACUUGUUUUACAGAUCAUGAUGUCCCUUUUAGACUAAAGCCAGUGUUUGAUAAUCAGUUUCUUCUGGAGACAGCUACAUUUCUAGAUUAUGAAUCCACACGGGAAUAUGCUAUUAAAAUAGUAGCUUCAGAUUCAGGUAAACCUCCCUUAAACCAAUCUGCAAUGCUCUUGAUCAAAAUUAAAGAUGAAAAUGACAAUGCCCCAGUUUUCACACAGCCUAUCAUAGGUCUUUCCAUCCCUGAAAACAAUGCUCCUGGUACUCAGCUAACCAAGAUAAGUGCUACAGAUGCCGACAGUGGGCGCAAUGCUGAGAUCAGCUAUAUUCUGGGUUCCGAUGCACCCCCUAUUUUCAAUCUUGACCGCCGCACAGGCAUUCUGACAGCAGUGAGAAAGCUGGAUAGAGAAAAACAAGACAGGUACUCCUUCACUGUACUGGCUAAGGAUAAUGGGAUGCCACCCUUGCAGACCAAUGCUACUGUGACAGUGUCAGUCCUGGACCAGAAUGAUAACAGCCCUGCUUUCACACACAAUGAAUAUAAUUUCUAUGUUCCAGAAAACUUACCCAUGUAUGGCACAGUAGGGCUUAUCACAGUAACAGAUGCUGAUUCUGGAGAGAAUGCUGCAGUCACUCUGUCUAUAUUAAAUGGUCGAGAUAAUUUCAUUAUCGAUCCCCUUACUGGUGUAAUAAGACCUAAUAUUACUUUUGAUAGAGAACAGCAGGGGUCAUACACUUUUCAGGUGAAAGCAGUGGAUGGAGGAAGACUGCAGCGUUCCUCAACGGCCAAAGUGACGAUCAAUGUUGUUGAUGUAAAUGACAACAGGCCUGUUUUUGUAAUUCCUUCAUCAAAUUAUUCAUAUGAGUUGGUUCCAACAUCAUCCAAUCCAGGUUCUGUUGUUACUAAAGUCUUUGCAGUUGAUAAUGACACAGGAAUGAAUGCAGAGCUCCGUUACAGCAUUAUAGGAGGGAAUUCAAGGGGCUUGUUUGCAAUUGACCAGUUAACAGGCAAUAUUACAUUGAAAGAGAAGGUAAUCACAUCAGAUCAUGGCUUGCACAGACUGGUGAUAAAAGUCAAUGACCUAGGACAGCCAGAGUCUCUUUAUACUAUAGCUCUUGUGCAUUUGUUUGUGAAUGAGACGGUCACCAAUAGUUCCUACAUACAAGAGCUAGUGCGCAGGAAUAUGGAAACUCCAGUUGGCCAGAACAUUGGGGAUGGUGAGAUAACCCCACAAACCAAUGAUUAUGUCAAGAUCAUAAUUGCGAUUAUUGCAGGCACAAUGACGGUUAUUCUGGUAAUUUUUGUUACUGCAUUAGUACGGUGCCGCCAGACUCCCAGGCACAAAGUUGUCCAGAAAAAUAAGCAGAGUGGUGAGUGGGUUUCCCCAAACCAAGAGAAUAGGCAGAUCAAGAAGAAGAAGAAGAAGAAGAAACGCUCUCCAAAAAGUCUUCUCCUCAAUUUUGUGACUAUUGAAGAAUCUAAGCCUGAUGAUCCUGGCCAUGAGCACAUAAAUGGCACUUUAGACAUUCCUGUGGAACUAGAAGAACAGACUAUGGGAAAAUAUAACUGGGCCACUACACCAACCACAUUUAAGCCUGAUAGCCCAGAUUUAGCAAAGCACUACAAGUCUGCUUCUCCACAGCCAACCUUUCAAAUUAAACCUGAGACUCCUGUACCCCCCAAGAAGCACCAUGUCAUUCAGGAACUGCCUCUGGAUAACACCUUUGUGGUGGGCUGUGAUUCACUCUCCAAGUGCUCAUCAAGCAGCUCGGAUCCUUACAGUGUUUCUGAAUGCAGCUGUCAAGGAGGCUUCAAGACCCCAGGCCCCAUUCACACCAGACAGCACACAAAAGAAAUGGGAAGGCCACAAACUCCUUUAAAAGAAUCAACGCUGGAGCCAUGGACUCAGCCACAGCCUCAGCGCCGUGUCACAUUUCACCUACCAGAUGGCUCCCAGGAAAGCUGCAGUGACAGUGGACUUGGAGACCAUGAGCCCAGCAGUGGUGCCAGCACAUCGCACCCGCUGCCCCUCGGCUUCCCUCAGGAGGAGUACUAUGAGCAAGCAUCACCCAACAGCCGGACAGAAGGAGACGGAAACUCAGACCCUGAGUCCACUAUUGAAGUAAAUCUCCAGAAAGCCUUGGCUGAGGCCUCUGAAACCUGCACGCAGGAGUGUCUCAUCCUGGGCCAUUCUGACAACUGCUGGAUGCCACCUUCUUUGACACAGUAUCAACAAUCCAACACACCUUUGCCAUCAUUUGGCUUCCAGCAAAGCUGGGGCCGAGGAGCCAGGUCUGACGGACGACACACUCUUGGGAGGCCCCUUCCAAAGGAUGACACUGACAAAGGCCAAGGUGGGCCCAGGCCCCAGUUCUACAACACCUGUGAAAGACAGUGCACCAGCGAAGAUCCUGUCAAAGUCAUCCCUCUGGCAAAUUUUGCCAUGUCCCACCAGGCAGCAGUGUCUGGGGGUAGCACUACGUUUAUCCAUGAGCACCAGCUAUAAAUGCAUAUCUGACAAAUCGGCUAUUUCAGGCUUUAAGGUGUUACUGUAUAUAGUCACAGCCUAACACUGUUCUUAGUGCAUAUACAAAUUUGUUAGGCUUGUGAAUAUUUAUGUAUAUAGAAUCCUAAAUUUAACUUGAAAAGCUAAAUCCUUAGGACUUAGUUAAAGAAAAUUCACCCCAAUUCUUAGUAAAAUAUAUAAAAUAGGGAAGAAAACUCAAAAUCCAGAGCCAAUCAAAAGAAAACCUUAAAAACCUGCUUAUUUUCUAAUAUGGGUCUAUAUGGUACAAAUAUCUGCUAGCAGGUCUUCCUCCCUGUUGAAAGCAAUUUCUUAAUACAGCUUAGGAAACAUUGCAGUAACAUAACUUACCAAUUUUUUUCUGUCUUCAUUGUUAUAAUUUAUAAGGUAUUCAUAGAUUUCACCUUCCAUUUGCUUACCAAUAGAGAUCAAGUGGUCAAUUUCUUUUUUGGUUACCUUACACAAUAUAAAAAGACAUACUUUGGAAGGAUGGUGUACAUUCCUACCAAAACUUACUUUUCAUGUAAUUGAGAAGAAUGUACUCAAAGACAUGACAGCUGCUUUUGAUUUUAAUUUUCAGUGGUUGAAUCUACAGGUAUUUAUUCUUUGAAAGAAUGCAGUAGAUGAAAUAGAAAGCUCUUACUAGGCUUUUCUGUGUGAAAUAGACAACAGGACAGGAUGCAAUAUAGAUCUAAAAAUAUUACAAGAUUUCUUUUUAAUUUUUUUUUAAGAUUUUCCUUUCUGCAAUAAUAAAAGCAACAGUAUAAUGCAUAUGCUUUUCAGGCUAUGAGUCUAAUUUUUUUAAUUUUUUUAUUUUUUAUCUUGCAGAGCUUGCUUUGGCUACUGUUCCUGUUAGUUGAAAAUUACAUGGGCACUGCUGAAAUCAGUAGGAAACUGGGGUAGUUUUUUGGCUGAUGUCUUAUUGUGGCUUUAAGCUACUGGUGUUUAAAAUAUUAUAGUGAUGUAUAUGUUUGUUUUACAGCUAUAAUCAAUCACCUAUUGCAAGUGUUCAGUAAAAGGUUAGCGAUAAUAUUAGUUACUUCACCCCAAACUUAGAAGAUAAAGGAGUAGUUGUCAUUGUAGCUUAGUUUAUUAUUAGAGAAUCACAGACAUUUCUCAGCAAAGAAAGAGGAAUCCAGGGAAUGAGUGCUGGAUAACUAUAAUUACACACUCCAAUCAUAUUAUUUGACAAAGUCUCAGUAUGAUUCUCUGUAAAGAUGAGGAUUUUUUUUUUAGUGUUUUGUGUACUGGAUGGUAUAAUAGUAGCAGAAAUAAAACUAGUAAAUUCUAUAGUGGUUAAAAUGGAGAUUCCUUUCUUCAAUUAAAAAAAGAAAAAACACCACAUUUUCCUUUUAGCAUUCUGUUGCUGUUUAGCCAUCAUCAUUUACAGUGUGUACAUACCAAGAUCUUUUUCUUUAACAAACUGCAUAAUUUUGUUUAGUUUAUUACUACAUUAGAUGAGACAAUUGAAGUUGUGUGGAGGGAAAUUUGAAAGUUUAUGAAUAUUUCCCAUGGACAGAAUUCUGUGUAAGCUUCAUACUGUAACUUACGUGUAACAUAAAAAUGAAAUGAAAUUUAAAAAAGGAGUGUAAAAAUGCUGUAAAAAAGCUGCUUGUAAAAUUUACAGAAGUUCAAGUUGUUGAGGGUUUCCAAUGAAUGCUAAAAGAGCUUCUAUUUUGUGCCCAGCAGGUAUAAGUAGCUUUAUAUAUUGUUGUCCCCACUGUAAAUCUAUUCAAAUCACAUUUACAUUUUAUGUGCAAAAUUAAAAAAAAAAAAAAAAAGAAAAAAAAAAAGCAUCACUUUUAAUCUACUGGUAGGGUUUAAUUAAUAAACAUCAGAUUAUCUGACGAUGUACUUCUGGGUUUUUUUUUGUUUUUUUGUUUUUUUGUUAAUGUAAUUUUCAAUAAUGUUUAGAAAAGACGUGGCACACUGCUUUCUGGUUGCAUGUAAAUCCUGGGAGAAAAAAGAAAAACAGUCCUUUGGCUACUGACACACAACGGUUGAUACAGCUCAUUUUCAGUUCCAGGACAACCAAAAAUUUGACAAAUUAAUUUACACCUAAUAUAUACAGAACCAUUUGUUGUUUGCUUUGGAGACAUCAUAGUUAGAAAAAUUCAGCAGUCCUUUUCAGGAUAUACAAAAAACCUUAUCUGUAGUUUACACAGCCUUACCAAACACAUUAAUUGUGCAAAUUUAGAAUAAGGCUGGCAUAUAAUACUUCCUAUUGUAAGCAGUGGACUUCAGUUUUUAUUAUACAAGUCUGCUAUAUUGUGUGUAUAUAGAAUUGGCAGCUGCACUUGAAAACUCAUUUUUUUCCUCUCAACAGUCCUUUCUGACAGAAUAUUGUAAUUGAAAUUUAUUGGCAAAGCAAUCCAUUCCUACAGUUUUGCUAUUUUCACAGGAAAAGAUAAAGACAGUAGAAUUAUAUUUUUUUCAGAGGCAGAAGAACAAAAGAAAGCAAAAAAAUUUAGCAAAUUAUUUCUAAAAAGAAAACAAACAAAAGAAAAAAAAAACACCUAAACAAAUGAACAAAAAACCAACAAAAACCCGAAGAACAACUGCUUAAGCAAGAUGAAUUGUAAAGAUGAAUCUGAUAAUAGGAAGUGUUAAAUGUCAUAUCCAGGAAAUUGUGUUAUGGUAUUGUAAAAUUCUGUCAUCAAGAUACAUAACACUUAAUUGUAAAUACAUACUGUAUCAGGAGUUAAAUGUUGCUUUCAUUUUUGCAUAUUAUAUCUAAUAUGUAAAAUUAUGCAUUGGAGGCAACAUUUUUUUUCUGUGGUCUGUUCAAGUGUCGUGUCAGUAUCCAGAGGAAUAAUGUUACUAUAGGCUCAUUAUACAUCUUGCCAUAUAUAUAAGUAAUUUAUCUAGUGCAUAGGCUGUAUAUUUUUGUGUAAUUUUUUUAGUCUCUUAACUUAUUUUAUCUUACUUGUGCGAAUUUGUGAAGAAAACGAUCCUAUAUACAAUAUACAGUAAAAUGGUAGUUACAUGAUUAGAUUUGUUUCAUACAGUGUAACAAUAAAGGAAAACCUUUGCCUUCAAAGUAAUGUGUCACACAGUCUAGCCUAGAUUUUUUUUUCCCAAGCUCAGUACAUGCUUGUUGCACUUCCAACUACUGCAUUGAGAAAAUAAGUGGUAGCAGCAGAAAGAAAGACAAUUUUUUGAUGUCAAAUAGCCAAGUGUAAAAAAAGGAGAUGAAUUGAAGUCAAACUGUUCAUUGUAAAAAUAAUUAAAAAAAAAAUAAUAAACAAAAGCCAGUUCUUUGUUUUGCUAAACUGUGCUGUGUAACUUAAUUCUAAAGGAAGAAUAUUUAGGCCCUGUCUGCUUGACCAAACAGAGGUUACAGAGCACCUGCUCUCUCAGGGCUAUGAGGCAGUCAAAUGCAGGUCAUUUAGCUAAUUAUCAUGGCAAUGAGCCCAUGCUAAUAGGACCUGAGGGCUUAAGAAUGUUAGUGUGAUAGCUUUGUUUAAGGAAAAGUUAGUUAUGUGGUUCUGAAUACAACCGGGUCUUCUUUUUUGUCUGGCAUAGGGAUGAAGGCUUUAGCCACUUUGUAUCAGGUGGUAUCAGGUAUUUAUGUACCCCGUGUAUGCAGAUAUGCGGGUUUUCAGUUUUUGUGGUGGCUUUUUUUUCCCCCUGGGAGAAGUGAUACAUUGCUCCGCUGUUUUCUGGGCAAGCUCUAAUCCAGUGAGGAACCACUUCAGCCUCAAAUUAUCAUUGUUGUGCCUGCUUCUAGCAUGGUUGAGUGAGAUAGUUGACUUAAAUAAUUAAGUCAUUAAUGGUUGAUUAGUGCAAGGUCGUUUGAUUCAAGCUUAUGAAGUUUGAGAAAGCUUGAUCAUUUACACUUGAUUUUGUUCUUAAUUCUAGCUCAAGUUUUGCUUUUGCAGCUUUGAAGCUACUCCUUAUUAAAUAAUCAUUUAUUAUAUGAUUACACUGCAGUUUACUACCAUUAUUUAAUUAGAUAAGUAAAAAGGGAGGGAUCGGUUUGUGCAGACACAGAGCAAAGUUGAAGGCAAAGAUUUUAUUUGGUAUAUGUAGGAAAUUGUGUAUAACAUGUUAUCCCUAGUGAAGAAAAGAGACUGACAGUUUCUUGUAAAUAUCUGGGUUUGUAUUUCUGGGAAAUGUCCCUGCUCUAUGGCAUACUACAGGAUCUGAGAGUGAGCAGUAUAUGUCUGUGUAUUGAAGCAGCCCUAACCAUGCUUUACAAAUCAUGCAGUUGGACACCAUAUAUCAUUGUCCAGCAGCUUUUAAAGUCCAGUAAAUUUAAAGUAAUUCUAUUUCAGGUUUAUGUACAGCAUGUUGUCUUGUUAAUUACAAUGUUUAUUAAUAAACUAGAUCCACAAAAGCA